AUGGAAAUCACCAAACCAAAAACCAUCAUAAUUGGGAUCGUUUUUCUUUACUUUUCUAUGUCAUCAGCCAUACGGGUUGGUAAGCCAUCGGCUUAUGACGUUCUCAAGAGCUACAACCUCCCGGUCGGUAUUCUUCCGCAGAAUGUCAGUGGCUAUAAUGUGGAUCCCACCAGUGGUCAGUUUUCAGUUUAUAUAGGCGAUAAUUGUGACUUUAAAAUAGACCAGUACGAGAUCCAAUACAACCCUACAAUCAAAGGUGUGAUUCACCAAAACCAAAUCGAGAACCUAGACGGUGUGCGGGUGCAAAUAGCCUUGUUGUGGAUCGACGUCAAGAAAGUGAGUAGGAACAACGACCAACUCGAGUUCCAGAUUGGCGACUUUGUAACAAAAGAUUUUCCUAUUGGGGAAUUUAACAAGAGCCCUCGAUGUAAUUAG